GGUACAAACGUCAAAGAAACUGCGCGGUGUGAAGACUUUACGGUGACAGCAUGCAAACCUUGAAGGAGAGCCCAACUAAACCCACAAACAAACAAGUCAGCAGGUUGUACCCAUCACUGCCGGGCACUAACAGGGCUGAGGCUUGUUUGCCUCUUGGUAAUGCUGGAGCACACCCCGAGUCUCGCCCUGUGGAUUUUCCAGCUGACACACAGUCAGAAAUGCCCGUCAGCACCUAUGAGCGAAUGAAAACUGAGAUUUUUCUCUUGGAGGAGCAGAAUAAGGAGCUUCUCACUAUCAAUAAGAAAUGGGCCAAAGAGUACAGAACAAUGGAGCAGUUUUACAGAGAGAAGGUCCAACAUUUGAAGGUGAUGCAACACAACGGUCACUCUGACGAGGAAAAAAGUGACGAAGAAGAGAGACACGUGGUAUUCUUUCCAAAAGAGGAAAAGGUCAAAACAGACAGACAGAGUGGAGGAGAUGAAGCCGAUGAGCUGCGAGCACGGAACAUAACUCUGACCCGCAGGGGGAGGCAUCAGCAGGAGGAGAUCAGACGACUCAACAAGGCUUUAGAGGAGGCCCUUCUGACCUCCCAGCAGCUCGGGGGGAGCAGCGAAAUGCCACAAGAUAUCUGGAAACAUCAGGCUGAACUGUACAAGGAUGACUUUUCAAGGGCGCGUAAGGACAGAGAGAAGCUGAAGGCGAAGCAUCUGGAACUAGAAAAGAAGUACAAAAAAAUUCACAGUGAGCUGAAUGUCCUCAAAUCUCAGGUGAAAAUGGCACGACCAGCGCACUGCUGUUCCUGCACAAAUCUGGCCAAAUAUUCAAACUGGGAGGUGGACCAGCCACGCACCUAGCUACA